AUGAGGACCAGCGACAGAGGCAGACCAGCGACAGAGGCAGACCAGCAGCAGAGGCAGACCAGCAGCAGAGGCAGACCAGCAGCAGAGGCAGACCAGCGACAGAGGCAGACCAGCAGCAGAGGCAGACCAGCAGCAGAGGCAGACCAGCAGCAGAGGCAGACCAGCAGCAGAGACAGGAGAGAUGGGGUUCAGGACCUCAUCAGGACCUCAUCAGGACCUCAUCAGGACCUCAUCAGGACCUCAUCAGAGCCUUAUCAGUCCCUCAUCAGUCCCUCAUCAGGACCUCAUCAGGACCUCAUCAGGACCUCAUCAGAGCCUUAUCAGUCCCUCAUCAGUCCCUCAUCAGGACCUCAUCAGGACCUCAUCAGGACCUCAUCAGGACCUCAUCAGGACCUCAUCAGGACCUCAUCAGAGCCUUAUCAGUCCCUCAUCAGUCCCUCAUCAGGACCUCAUCAGGACCUCAUCAGGACCUCAUCAGAGCCUUAUCAGUCCCUCAUCAGUCCCUCAUCAGGACCUCAUCAGGACCUCAUCAGGACCUCAUCAGGACCUCAUCAGGACCUCAUCAGGACCUCAUCAGAGCCUUAUCAGUCCCUCAUCAGUCCCUCAUCAGGACCUCAUCAGAGCCUUAUCAGUCCCUCAUCAGGACCUCAUCAGGACCUCAUCAGGACCUCAUCAGUCCCUCAUCAGGACCUCAUUAGGACCUCAUCAGGACCUCAUCAGUCCCUCAUCAGGACCUCAUCAGGACCUCAUCAGGACCUCAUCAGUCCCUCAUCAGGACCUCAUCAGUCCCUCAUCAGGACCUCAUCAGGACCUCACCAGGACCUCAUCAGUCCCUCAUCAGGACCUCAUCAGGACCUCAUCAGUCCCUCAUCAGGACCUCAUCAGUCCCUCAUCAGGACCUCAUCAGGACCUCAUCAGUCCCUCAUCAGGACCUCAUCAGGACCUCAUCAGUCCCUCAUCAGGACCUCAUCAGGACCUCAUUAG